AUGGCUCCUGUCAACCUUUCUCAUAGACGUACGCAUAAUCUGCUCUUGAUCUCGAAACUCUUGAGCUCGCGGGACACUGCGUCGCCCCUCACACUUGUCCAGGACUCCUUGGAGCAACCGGCCACGCCCCUGUAUAAAGAAUACAUAAGACGUGCCAAGCUGUCCAAAGUCCAUGUCACACUCAUCGCCUUUGAAACCCUAAAACAACCAGAAGGUGUUGAUUGUUUUGUGUCAACUCGUCGCAAGAGCCCCGCCGAUAUUAGUAAGGAAGUCAGUGCUGUUGCAUCUGAAAACCCAACGCGCAGACGUCUUAUUCUGAUCGAUUCAAUCAACCCACUAUUGAGCUCAAAAAAAUCAGACCCUAGCUUCUAUUUGCCUUCUUUCCUUGGGUCAUUUAUUGCACCCGCUUCCCCAGCAGCAAAGGUGGACGCAUCGCUCGUGGUGACAUAUCAUCAAGAUGUCCCCGAACCCCAACAGCAAAGUCCUUAUUCGCCAUCGCCAAUUUCCGUAUUGACAUAUCUUGCCACAAGCAUUAUCACUUUGCAUUCAUUCUCGCACAUCCUAGCACAAAAGGCUGCUCGGGACCGCAGUCUAGCGCCGCCAGUUUUUGGGCUGGACGAAGAACAGGAAGGCGUUCUACUGGGCCGAUUGGACAAAUUGGCUGGAACCGGUUCCGUAGAGGGAAUUGUCAUUGAGUUGGAGCACAGGAGGAAGAGUGGUCGUGGUGUUUUGGAGUGGUAUCUUCUCCCGCCCGCCUCGCGCUAUUCGCCACAGCACUUGAAAGAAGUGGUGACCCUGCUCGAUGACAAUGUACUGUACAAUCCUCCUAUGGCGCGACACAUCGGUCCUGAAGACGAGGAGCCUACAUCGACUUUUGAGCUUGGCCUUACUGACCGGCAAAGACGCGAUAGAGAGGGUGUGGUGUUGCCAUACUUUGAUGCCCAGCAAGGAAAUGGCCCUGGUGAAGGUGGUCGGAUUCUUUACGACAUGGGCGAAGAAGAUGACUUUGAUGAAGAAGAGGAUGAGAUCUAG